GCUGCCUAGAGGGUGAGGUCGCGCGAAAUGCAAAUCGUCCAUGUGGAGACUUGCGGCGCUGAAGGAAUGACCUGCGAGCGGCGGCUCUACGAAGCGGCAGGCGGUGCUAUGACAGUGGCGGCAGAGUACAUAUUUAGGACUAUUCGCCGGUGGCCGUUGAUUCGGUCCGCACCUGGGCUGCGAGUCAGACCAGCUAAUAGGUGGCACCAGAAGAUGCAAUUAGCAGCAAUCUCUGUUGGUCGAUGCUAUUCUCACUCAGGUAUGAAGAUUAACGAGAAAUAUGAAGAUUUGAGAAUCAAGUAUGAAGAAUUGUGUCAAGACUCAAGAUGUAUAAAAAGAAGAAUGAAUGAUGAGAUCCAAAGCCAAAUAAUAUACUCCGUAAUAGAUGAAUGUAAUACAUUAAAAUAGUAGACCGAAUUAUUUAUAUAUAGUGAUACUUCAUAUGUUUUUUUUGUUUCUUUAUGUUGCAUCGUAUAUGUUUGUUUUUGUUGAAUUAUGUUUCAUUUUGUAGCAUUAUGUUUCCUUUUGU